GGUCUGGUCACACCACUCCAAACAAAUACGCUAAUCUCUGGGCAAAAAGUAAACAAAAAGAGCGUAUUAAUGCGAUAAGGUGGCCGUAAAGGCGAAUGGAUUCCAUUGCCAAGAUGACGGAGGGCAGCCACUGGCUAACUUGGUGUCGCCUCUGCGCCAAGGACGAUGCCCGUGGCAAUGUGAAGGUGCAAACGGGGGACAAUGCCCAAGGAACCUGGGAUAAUGUCCUGAUAAUGGCCAUUCGCAAGUAUUUCGAGGUGCAGAUGCGACUGGAGGAUGAGCUGAGCAGCGUGCUGUGCACGGAAUGUUAUACGCUAAUCAGCGAACUUAUCGAUUUCGCGGAGCAUGUCACAAAAGUCCAGGCCAUUUUUGAGGUCCUGCGACGUACAGAAACGGUGUCCAACAAGCACUUGGAUUUAGCGGCACUGCGUAAACAGUAUGGACUAGGCGAGGACGACUGGACGCACAUCAUCAAACCCAUGCAGGCACCCGAAAUGGAUUCGGCCCUGGAUGCCACCGAAAUCUAUCAAAAUCAAACAAAAGUAUUAGAGGAAUCUCCAAUAGCAGAUAAAACUAAACUGGAUCUGGAAGAUUCGGAGAGAGAAAUGGUAUCGCACCUUCUCCAACCCAAGGACAGCCUGGGAAAUGAAAUACCAAAGCAGGAGUUUAUUGACAUAGGUCCUAUUUUGUUGGAAAAGAGCACACAUCAACCAAAUAUCGACGAUAUGCUUGUUGGACUACAUGAAGAGGAGUUAGCCGAGUGUCGCGUUGACAGUACAGUCUCACCAGUUGCUCAAGAGCAGGAUGUCAAGUCAGAGUUGCUUGACAGUUUUGAUGACGAUACCGAAUUCCAGCCCUUAGAAACGCAGCAAAUAAAUCUCGUUAUUACUACAGCCGCAGCAGACUCUCAAGGACCAAAUGCAGCCGAGCCGGCCAAGCGUGGACACAUGAACUGCGACAGAUGUGGCAAGGUCUACAGGAAUCGCGCCUCCUACGAGAAGCACUUGGAACGCAAGUGUCGCAGGAUCGUGCGGCGAGUAAAAGCGGACAAGACAACGACCACCUGUGAUUUGUGCAACAAAACGCUUUCGUCCACCACGGCUUUAAAGCUCCACAAAGAAGGUAUCCAUCAGAAUGUCAAGCCAUAUAUCUGCGAUAGUUGCGGGAAACAGCUGAAGACAAUUACAGCUCUAAAUGAGCACAAGCUGGUGCAUACGGACAAUCGUCCAUUUGAGUGCAGCGUUUGCAAGGCGGGCUUCAAGAAUCAAGCUCGUCUGAAGGCACACCAUCAAAUCCAUGCGGAGCCCAGCUUCGUUUGUAAUAUUUGCGGGAAGAAGCUGCAGACGCGGCGCACCUGGAACAUGCACAAGGUGGUGCACAGCGAAGAACGGCGCCUCAAGUGCGAUGUCUGCGGGGCGCUCUUUAAACGUUCAAAAACCCUCAAGACGCACCUGCUCAGCCACACGGGAUUACGACCGUAUGUUUGCAACUACUGCGGAAAAUCAUUUGCCUGCAACGCCAAUUGUCGUUCGCACAAGCUCAAAAAACAUCCCCAGGAGGUUCAGCAGGAGGACGGCGCAAGACUUUCUUCUCGCUUGAAUGUGCCAACGCUGGAAGAACUUCGUGCUAUGACUCAAAAACUACCAAAAGGAACAAAUUAAUAUGUUUUUGUUUUUUUUUAAAUUUUGUUUUUUAAUACUACUAACCAACUAAUUUUAUGGUAAAUGUUUAGGAUUAAAAAAAAAAAUUAUGAUAUAAAUCAUAAAAUAACUGAAUAGACUUCGGCUUCUGUAAACAUUUUUGUUUUAAUAAAAAAUAUUAAUUACAAAACAA